AUGAGCGAUGGUCCUAUCGUCAGUGGUCAACUAAAGAAAUUUGUAUUUCGUGGAAAAUCCCUCAACAACGGAGACACUCGAGGUGAUUAUUUGGAAAUAGUAAUACCCGAACUAUUAUCUGCGGGCUAUUCAUUUUACACGUGGCCCUCUGCUCCGCUAUUAGCUUGGUACCUGUGGAGUCAGCGAAAAAUUCUACGUGGACUACGAAUAUUGGAACUUGGUUGCGGAACUGGACUGCCCGGUAUUUUAGCUGCCAAGUGUGGUGCUCACGUGACUCUCACAGAUAGCGUUGCACUCCCGCGAUCGCUGCAACACUUAUCGGGUUGCUGUGAAGCAAAUGGUCUUAUUCCAGGUCGUGAUGUUCAAAUAUUAGGACUAGCUUGGGGCCUAUUUUUAGCUGAUGUGCACAACUUACGUCCAGUAGACUUAAUAUUAGCUUCAGACUGUUUUUACGAACCCUCACAAUUCGAAGAGGUAUUAUCUACCGUUGCUUAUUUGCUUGACGGUACUGACUCUAGAUUUUUGUGUGCUUACCAGGAGCGGAGCACGGACUGGUCCAUUGAGGCUCUUCUGCAGAAGUGGGGCUUAAAAGGCGCAUUACUCGACUUGGAUUCCUUAAGUGAAAGUUCUGGUAUAGAUUAUAGAGCACUAGUUGGUGAUCGUUCAUUACAUUUACUAGAAAUUGUUUCAGUGUAGGUUAUGGCAAGCACAGUUAGAGCAGUACGCCUAUUUAUCGGCAACUUGCCAUGGACUGUUGGACAUCGCCAAUUAAGAGAAUACUUUUCCCAGUUUGGCCCAGUGCAAAGUGCCAGAGUUGUUUUUGAUCGCUCAACAGGAUUAAGCAAAGGUUAUGGUUUUGUUGAAUUUGUGAGUUCAGCUGAUGCUGCCAAUGCAACAAAUAA